CUUUUUUGACUUCAAUUCAUUGGUCAUCAAAAGAACAAGAUAGGGAAAAUUCUCUGAAAGUUGGGAGACCCUCUCUGUGAUUCACCAUUUUGGACGUUUAUAUAACCAGCAAAUACUUAUUGGAAAAGUCCCAAAAUCCAUAAAUUGGAUACAUAGCUUUGGUUUUGAUUCCUAUUCUUCUGUUUCAAGACAGCAAAAAAAUGGAAUGUUUAGACUUGAACAAGUUGCCAGUGGGCUGUGUUUCUGUGAUUCUGUCCCUCACCUCUCCACCAGAUGCUUGCAAAUCUUCGUUGGUAUCAACAACUUUUCAAUCAGCAGCAGAAUCUGAUUUGGUUUGGGAGAGGUUCUUGCCAUCUGAUUAUCGUGAAAUUGUUUCCAAGGCUAGUAAUACCUUUAAGUUUUCUUCAAAGAAAGAGCUUUAUCUACUCCUCUGCAAUCCUGUUCUUGUAGCUGAUGGCAAAACGAGUUUCAAAUUAGAGAGAUCAACUGGAAGAAAAUCCUAUAUUUUAUCCGCAAGGGAGCUUUCUAUAUCCUGUAGCAAUGAUCAAAUGUUUUGGGUUUGGAAAUCCAUCCCUGAAUCAAGGUUCUCAGAGGUAGCUGAACUCAGAACCAUCAGCAGGUUGGAAAUUCAUGGCAAGAUCAGAACUAAAAUACUUUCUCCAAACACAACCUAUGGAGCUUAUCUUUUGCUGAAACUCGCUGACCGUGCCUAUGGGCUUGAUAUACUACCAUCAGAAACAUCAGUUGAAAUUGGCAAUCAAGCAUUCGUUAACACAGCUUAUCUGCGUAGCCAAGACAGCAAGAAACAACAAAUGGAAAACUUGUUUUAUUCAAACAGGAAGCAUAUGCUAAAAUCAAGGGUGAUUGAAGGAGAUGAUCGGGUUCUGAGCAAAAGAGAAGACGGUUGGAUGGAGAUUGAGCUUGGAGAAUUCUUUAAUGGUGAAGAUGAUGAAGAGGUGAAGAUGAGUUUGAUGGAAGUUAAGGGUCAGCAGCUCAAAGGAGGUCUUAUAAUUGAAGGCAUUGAAGUAAGGCCAAAAACAUAAUCCGGCAACAAAGAUAUUUUCUUAUCUUUUUAAGGAUCAGGUCGGGAUGGGGACAUGAAUUGUCUUUGAUAGAUAGAAUUACAGGUAGCUAUUCGUAUAGGGAUAAGAGUUUUGUCUUCUCCUUUUGUACGUCAAUGGCAAAUACAGUUAGAUUGAAGAACAAAUAUACAAUAUUUUCAUUAAUUUCUCACGAAAAGUACUACAAGAAAUAGAAAAAUAAUUUUUUCAUUUCAUUGGGUCAUAUAGCCAACUUUUUCCAGUUCUGAAUGAAUAAACGUGCUGACCGGAUAUAAAGCUGGAGUCAUUUCAAAUGGCCCCAACGCGUGCA